AGUUCAGUUCAGCUCUUGGCCUAUGGCCAUGGCUACAAAAAUCUCAUUUCCUUCUCCAUCAUCCAACCUUACGACUCUUUAAUGGCAAUUCUCACACGUAGAAGAGGGAAGCCCGAAAACGCUACGAGAAGACAACAGCUAACUCUUCUGCUCGUCAACAAUCCAUGAACAUGUCGAUUCUUAAGGAUUAGGGUUUCUACGAACUCCAAGAAUACCAAUACAAUUUUCAUUUUAAUUCCAUAUACUCUUUUCAAUUUUCUUCGUCCAUUACGCCAAUGGCGGACCUCAAAGCAAUCUCCGAUGCACUUCAACUCGUAGAUUCCAAAACACAGAACUUGAAGAAGGCAUUCGAAGACCUUAAAAGUCAUUCCCAUCUCCUCUCUUCCUUCUCUCUCUCCUGGUCCGACCUCGAAUCCCACUUCACUUCAAUCCAAAACUCUCUCACCAACAGAUUCCACGCUCUCGAGUCUCUAGAAUCCACGGCCCUUCAAAAUCAACCCGAACAGAAGGAGCCGUCUUCUUCAUUACCCCCGAAACCGGAGAGUCGGAAGGAACAGGAUGGGGUUGCCGAUUCUGUUUCGCCUCGCCCCGAGUUGAAGCGUCUAUGCGAGACCAUGGACAGUAAGGGCCUCAGUAAAUAUGUUAGUAAUUUGCCGAAGGAUCGUGAACCGGUCAGGAAUGAGCUUCCGGCUGCUCUUAAGUGCGCGCCGGACCAAGAAGCUCUGGUUCUUGAUGCAAUGGAGGGAUUCUUCAAUGCCAAUUCUAAUUCGAAGCAAAAUAGCUUGAAAUUGUCUAAUGCGAGGAGAGGCUGUAUACUAUUGUUGGAGACUUUGAUGGAUAAUUGCCCAAAUGUCAGCAAUCAUGUAACGGGAAGGGCGAAGACGUUGGCAUUGGAAUGGAAACAAAGCGUUAGCAAAGAUGGGAAAGAUCCAUUGGAUGCGUUAGGGUUUUUGCAUUUGGUUGCAGCUUAUAAAUUGACGUCGGAAUUCAACGUGGACGAGCUUGUUGAUUAUUUCACUAUCAUAGCUCGGUAUCGACAAGCUACAAAGUUGUGCAAAGUCGUUGGCUUGGGUGAUAAAGUGGGUGAUCUUGUCCAGAAACUGUUAGACAAGGGGAAGCAACUUUUAGCUGUCAAAUUUAUCUUCGAGUUUGAGUUGACUGAAAAAUUUUCGCCUGUUCCCAUCUUAAAAGAUUAUGUGAAGGAGUCCAAGAAGGCAGCCAAAGCAGUAAGCAAGGAAGGAAAAAAUUCUCUCAGGGCACUGAAUGAGGCUACCGCUAAAGAAGUGGGUGCAUUAAAAUCUGUGAUCAGAUUGAUUGAAGAAUACAAGCUUGAUUCUGAUUAUCCGCGAGUGAACCUUGAAAAGCGAAUUGAGCAGCUGGAAAAACAACAGGCCAACAGGAAGCGUCCUGCAGGAGCUUCUCCUGUUAUGGCCAGACAAAAACAGUCGCAACAACAUCAGCAAGCAAAACAAAAGUUUAAGAAACAGAAAUUGCAGCUGAAGAAACAAAUGUCACAACUGGUUCCAAUUAAUCGCCCACGCAUGGCUGCUCCAGUUGUCUCUGCAGCAGUUCCAAACAUCGUCGGUGUUGGAAAUCCAAAUUAUCCCCCAUAUCAACAAACACGCCUACCUUCUGCAGGUUUGGUAGCUGAACUUGGUGCCUCUUAUCAACAAUCUCUUCUACAGCCAGCAGGUUUGUUACCAAAUUAUCCUGUUUCAUAUGCACAAUCUCAUCUACAGCCAGCAGGUUUACUGCCGGAACACCCUGCUCCAUUUGAGAGCUCAUCGGCUAUGGCCUAUGGUAUAGCAGUGGCAGGCUCCACUCCAGCUGUUGCCUCUUAUCAUGGCUCAUCAGCUGAGUAUUAUGGUUUGGCUGGAGGCCCCAUGGGUUUUCCUGGAAAUGCAACCACUGCUAAUUCUCACACAUACCAAUCAGAGCCAUAUGCACCACCUGGGUAUGGUGUGGGUUUGCCACCCCAUUUCCAUCCAUCUUACUAUCCCCAGUAGUUUUGGAAUUGUCUAUCAUCGCAUACUUUUUGGAUCAGCUGCUUGCUAUGGUGGGAUAUGACAUGAAAUGGCAUCGACCAUCUUCCCAUCUCUUGUAGUAUCCAUGAAUAUGGUUUUGUUUCUUUUAGUACAGUUGGGAUAUUAACUUUUUUCUGACUUGACACAGAGUGCCACUAUCAUUAGAAGGCAGACUUGCUCUUCUUGGUAUGGUUUCUGUAGGACUUGAAAUCAUCUCUUGAUCUUUUUGUAUAGUCUAGUUCUUACGUUUCCAAACUGUCAUUUUUCUUGCGGAAAUAUACAUUAGGCAAGUUUCUUGGGGAA